GUCUGGUGAGUAUAAUACUUUAUUAUAAGUUACACUUUACCACACGUAAGACUUGUGUUUUAUUAUAGUUCAAUUAAAAACUUGAAAAAUAACAAUGCUUGCUAACAUUUUUGCAUUUAUUUUGUGUUGUUUUGCUAUAACGUCAAAUAUAAAACCAAUCGAGUCGGCAGGCAGCAGCAGCAAGGUUACUCCUAUACAAUUUGUUAAUCCGCUAUAUAAUGCGUGGUAUGUAUAUAGCAUAAAUCGCGUAAAUACAUUCAAAGAAAUUCCAAUUGUUAUUGAAGCUAACGAAGAGAAUAUUCUGUCGAAACGUUGUAAUAAUGAAGAAGAAAUACAAUUAAAAAUUGAAUCUCUGGGUAAAUUUGAGAACAAGAUCCAAGACAUUCAAUGUAGUUUUUGUGUAAUUACAAAAUCAAACAUAUUGUACUUGGAAAAAUUAGUUGACAAGUUAAAAAGCGGAGAACCUUUUAUUAAUUACGAGGAUACUAUAAAACGUCUUGAAGAGGAAGCCAAAAAUAUACUUCAAAUGUUAAUGAGGUCAAAUUUAGAGAUUGGAAAAUGGCUUUGGAUAUUUUUGUUGAAAAUCGUUGCCAUCAGUCAAUACGGCGAUAAUAUUAUACCUUUUAUCCGAGAAAACCCAUUCGUAGACGACCAACUGCAAUCCGGUGUUACAAGUGUCAUCGAAAAGUGCAUGGCUGAAAAAUACCUUCCUCCGACUGCAAUGGAAUAUGAUUUUAUUUCGAAAAAUAUUAGUACAUACCAUAUUAUGAUUCACCAUCUACGUGAUACCAUAUUGAUUCAUGAUACUUUCUACGACCGUGUUUUGGCCGUGAUAGAAUUUUUAUAUCUCAAACCGUUUUGGCACUACAAUACAUUUUUGUUUAGACAAAUAAAAGAAGUCGAUAUCGAUUGGAGUGAAACGAAACAACGAUUUGAACAUGAAGUGGUUAUUACCAAAAGAUUUGUAGAAAAUCGCACAUGGAUGUACAAACCAUACGGACGCCUGGACAGCCAACUCUUGUUGGUCAAAAUUAUCGAUGCCAGAAUUUAUUGUUACCUUACGGUUGUAUUGCAUGUUUACGAACAACAAUUAUUCAUGCUCGGCGAACAGGCGCUUACAGACAUCAAAGAUCUUAUUAUUAACGUUAUAGCUGAAGCAUUGAACUUAACGGCCUACAAAGAUGAUUUUCUUGUUGUCCUUUCAUCCGAACUCAAGUCUGGAAAAAUAAGCGACAUCGAACACAUAAAUGGCAUUUUAGCAAGAGUGCGGACAAAGGCCAACGGGAUUCUAAACGAUUUAAAUGGUGCCAGUUCAAACGAAAUCGAUCGGCUCAGUUUAAACCUUUACGAAGACCAACUGCCUACUUACGAUUUGUUAAAAAAAAUCAUCAACGAUUUUGAAGACUAUUUAAAAGAAUUUAAAAGUUUCUUACCGUUCCAUUAUAAAGUGUUUUUGAAUUUUAUUGGUGUAUUUCAGUAUUCUCGCCUUCUUAAUCGUUCUAGACUGUCUUAGUUUAAUUAAUUUCAUCAUUGUCCAACAUUUAAAAUAUAGUUAUGUUAAUUCACUAUUAUUUCUAAGCUUACUAACGUUUCAAAAUGUUUUAUUCAUUCAACGCGUUAUAAUAUUAUUGUAAUAUAUAUUAUUAAUAUUUUUCAU